AUGGCGCGACCUAAUGAUAGCAAUGCGGCUUUUAGCUUGCGGGGACCGUAUAAUCCGAUUAUCAAUCCAACACAUUGUCGACCCGCGUUGGUGGAAGACCAUGUCGAAGAUCAACACCAUAUUCUCUGCUCCCCGCCCAUCUUCGGUGCCCUUCUCUUCGAGAAUACCAGUUCAGAUGCGCGUGAUCACUGUGCUAAUGAGCGCACCUUUCUGUCAUGGCUGCGUCUGUCCAUGUAUCUGGCAGUGGUCUCGCUAGCCAUCAUCAUCUCCUUCCAUUUCCGAGAACAACCCACUGUCCUGGAACGGCGAAUGGCCUUGCCCCUCGGCAUCGUUUUUUGGGUUUUGAGCAUCACGUGCCUGGCUAACGGGUUCGCCAAUUACGCGCGCACGGUCAUGAAGUACAGUCGCAAGGCCGCGUUGGUUCAAAGUGGCUGGAAGACCCAGGUGGUUUUUACGGUAGUUGGGACGGUGAUUCUGGGGAGUUGCAUCUUAUUCCUGUCCACGGAUCAAACGGGGUAGCUGGAUUUGCGAGGCUGGCUUUGAAAGUGACAUUGGGUUUGUUGCAUUGCAUUGUAUCUAUUCUGACUGUCUUUUAGCGGUGCAUUUGCGUAUAUCCAGCUUCUUUAU